AAAGGAAGGAAGUCGUGGCGAGCCGGUGCGACCACGAGACAGGGCGCAAACUACAAUUCCCAGCAGGCUGUGGGGGCCGCAGACGGCGGCCGCGAAGGAAAGCGAGCAGAAGAGCCCUGCGCGCGCGGCGGGGAUGGAACGUUGCUAGAGUGCGCGGGUAUUGCUGAUAGAGGAUCGAGUGCUCCCCCGGAGCCGCCGCGCGCCAAAGCGGGAAUCCGGGAGGCGGGCAGCUCUGCAAUUAAUGCACGCAUUUAAAACCUCCGAACUUGCGGACGCCAUGCACAGGAAGCACCUCCAGGAGAUUCCAGACCAGAGUAGCAACGUUACCACCAGCUUCACGUGGGGAUGGGAUUCCAGCAAGACUUCUGAACUACUGUCAGGCAUGGGGGUCUCUGCCUUGGAGAAAGAGGAAGUGGACAGUGAGAACAUCCCCCAGGAACUGCUCUCAAACCUGGGCCACCCGCAGAGCCCUCCAAGGAAACGGCUGAAGAGCAAAGGGAAUGACAAAGACUUUGUGAUCAUCCGCAGGCCUAAGCUAAAUCGAGAGAACUUUCCAGGUGUUUCAUGGGACUCCCUUCCAGAUGAGCUACUCUUGGGAAUAUUUUCCUGUCUGUGCCUCCCUGAUCUGCUAAAGGUCUCUGGUGUUUGUAAGAGGUGGUAUCGCCUAGCGUUUGAUGAAUCUCUGUGGCAAACCUUAGACCUCACAGGUAAAAAUCUGCAACCAGAGGUGAUUGGUCGUUUGCUGUCUCUAGGGGUGAUUGCCUUCCGCUGCCCACGAUCAUUUGUGGACCAACCAUUGGUUGAACAUUUCAGUGCUUUUCGUGUACAGCACAUGGACCUGUCAAACUCAGUUAUAGAUGUGUCUACCCUCCAUGACAUUCUGUCUCAGUGCUCCAAGUUGCAGAAUCUCAGUCUGGAAGGCCUGCGACUUUCGGAUUCCAUUGUCAAUAAUCUUGCGCAGAACUCAAAUUUAGUGCGACUAAACCUUUGUGGGUGUUCUGGAUUCUCUGAAUCUGCUCUGAAGACUUUGCUAAGUAGCUGUUUCAGACUGGAUGAGCUGAACCUCUCUUGGUGUUUUGACUUCACUGAAAAGCAUGUGCAAGUGGCUGUCGCACAUAUAUCAGAGACCAUUACCCAGCUGAAUCUUAGUGGCUACCGGAAGAAUCUCCAGAAAUCAGAUGUCUCUACCUUAGUUAGAAGAUGCCCCAAUCUUGUCCACCUAGACUUAAGUGAUAGUGUCAUGCUAAAGAAUGACUGCUUUCCAGAAUUUUACCAGCUCAACUACCUCCAACACCUAUCACUCAGUCGAUGCUAUGAUAUAAUACCUGAAACCUUACUUGAACUUGGAGAAAUUCCAACACUAAAAACACUACAAGUUUUUGGAAUUGUGCCAGAUGGUACCCUUGAACUGUUAAAGGAAGCCCUUCCUCAUCUUCAGAUUAAUUGCUCCCAUUUCACCACCAUUGCCAGGCCAACUAUUGGCAACAAACAGAACCAGGAAAUAUGGGGCAUCAAAUGCCGACUGACACUGCAAAAGCCCAGUUGUCUAUGAAGUAUUUAUUGCAGGAUGGUGUUUCCUCUUUUUUUUUUUUUUUUUUUUUUGGAACAGGGAAAAUAGGCAAGAAGCCCAAUUGCCGGAGCACUUGACUAGUUUUAUUCCUGUUUUUCCCUUUGCCUUCAUUCCACAAGUAUAUUAGGGAACCAUUUGAGAGGGAAAACUAUGAAGUGUUGAUUUGUUUAAAAUGACUAUAAAAGCUUUUUUCACUGCUGUGCCGAUACGAGCCAAAGUUGUAGGCCUUUUGAAAUUCUAGGAGAAUGAGACUAUAAUUUCAAAUACCUUAAAGAGCAAAGUUUGAGCCACUUCUUCCAAGUGCCCUUCUUAUGAAGUCUAUUCAGAAUCAAGCUUAAAAAUUACCACCAGCAAACAAUCUUUAUAGCCUAUGUAGUUAACUUUUAUCUAUUUAAUUUUAUAGUAUUACUUAAUAAGACAUAGCUUGGAAGAACAAUAAGCUAUUUGUAUUUGAGCUGAACAGGAGGAGAAUCAUAAGGUAGUAGCAUUUGAGGCAAUCUCUUCUGGGGUAGGAAAAGAAUAAAACCCUGCAUUUUAAUUUUGUCUUUAGAUUUGAAAUUAGGAUGAUAGAAACAAAUUGUUCCAUGUAAUUCACCUUAAAA